GCACACCUACUGUACGCCCUAGCAACACGCUAUAGGCUAAUCAUUUGUUAAGUAAAUAGUCGAGAUAUGCAUCUGAUUCCACGUGUCCACGCGUACGAUAAGCGUGCUUCAGGUAUAAUAGACACUCCCUCGUGCCCCUCAGUAACUGGUACUAAUAGUACACACCAGAGCCAUAGAAAAAGAAAAAAAAAUAUUUUUCUAUGGCUCUGGUACACACAUACAAGACUAACGGUAAGUUAAAAACGUGCUACUUUAGAAAACAUUUAAUUUAAAGUAAUGUUAAAGUAGAAAACAACUCGAAAGAUGAUCAAAUGUUGAUUGGACUAUAGCAUAACCUCUAAUCCUCGUUAUUAGUUUUCGUUGUAGAAAACGUCGGGAUCGCGAAUGCAUAAUUACAUUUUCUUACUUAGUUGUGAAAUGCAAAAUGUUAAAGAAAUUUCACUUUUUUUCAGAUGUGUUCUGUCCGCAAGAUCCUUCAUAUUUUAAUCGGAGUUAACGUCAUCAGAAUCUCUGAUACAUUCUCUGCGGGGAAUUACCCUGACUUUCACGUGGCUUGUGGUUCUUUGUUGCCUGAUCAUCCCCCAUUUGGGGUGAGUCCCGGUGAAACUCCAUUUAGUGUCAGUCCAUUGCAUAUUAAUGCUAAAAAAGGUGAAGAGGUUCCAGUGAUGCUUAAAUCUGAAACCCCUGCCAUGUUUAUGGGAUUCAUGUUGGAAGCCCGAAAAUCAUCAGAUGUGAAUGAGCCCUCAGUUGGCAAGUUCAAGGCUAACAGUUUUACAACAUUGCUAAAUUGUAAUGGGCUUGAUGGUUCAGCUGUUUCUCAGAAAAACCCAAGUGAAAAGACAAAAGUCAAUGUAACAUGGAUCGCACCUGAAACUGGAACUUUCUAUUUUCGGGCUGCAUUUGUACAAGAUUAUACAACAUUCUGGAAACCAAAUGAUAUUGUACUAGCUACAACUCCAUCUCCCAGUACUACAUCAACAGCUCCCAGUACUACAUCAACAGCUCCCAGUACGACAUCAACAGCUCCCAGUACGACAUCAACAGAUACCAGUACUACAUCAACAGCUCCCAGUACGACAUCAACAGCUCCCAGUACGACAUCAACAGCUCCCAGUACGACAUCAACAGCUCCCAGUAUGACAUCAACAGAUACCAGUACUACAUCAACAGCUCCCAGUACGACAUCAACAGAUACCAGUACUACAUCAACAGCUCCCAGUACGACAUCAACAGCUCCCAGUACGACAUCAACAGCUCCCAGUACGACAUCAACAGCUCCCAGUACUACAUCAACAGAUACCAGUACUACAUCAACAGAUACCAGUACUAAAUCAGGAGUCGCAAUCCCCUUGAGCAUCUUCGGCUUAGGAUGCCUUGGAGUUUCAGUUGUUAUAGUUACAGCUGUAAGAGGUAAUUAGUCAUAUGAAUAUUACGGUACAGUAUAUCAUAUUCACUUUCUCUUAUUUGUUUUGGAAUGAUUUUGUCUAUUGCGUUUUGCACUGUAAUAAUUGCAAAAGACAAAUGUUUUAGAUGUGUAAUUUUUUGUUUGUUUGUUUUGCACUCGUUUAAUGCACCUUUCAUGAUAGUUUAGAAUCAUGACGACAGUAGCAAAUGGUCUGCUUGAUGUUAUGUGUUGUGACAACAUUGUACUGCUUUCUACGGUCUAUGCUGUAUGCUCUGUCGUUUAUCUUCCUCCUGAGAACAAAGAUGGUUAAUGAUUAAUUAUUAUUCUUAGUCAUGCCUAAACACACCCUCACAGUCCACUUCUCUGGAAUUUUGAAGUUGUAUACCUUUGAGUUCAUUAUGACGCUCUUCUGUGGAAAUCUGUUAUCAAACUUCAACUACAACAAAAACAAUUGCUCAAGUCAAACAUUCCCAUUGGAGUGAAAAACAAAUAUAUGUAUAUUGCAUCUGGGCAAUGUGGUUGGUAGAAUAAUGAAGGUCUUGUGAUAAUUUAUACUGUUACCAUGGUUAUUUAAACAAAACUGCACUGUGCGAAUAAAGCUUACCUGCUCCCUA